AGGACAAAGGACGCCUUGAAGAAGAAGAAGGGGAAGAAGCAGGACGGGGACAGGGACAGGAGUUCGCCGCGAGGGGGACGAAGCCGGGGCGCGAGGCAAGUGCAAGGGGCGGGCGAGCCGGGGGCUCUCGCUCCCAGUCGAAAAUCUUCUCGACGGAGGUGGAGGCCAGCCAGGCGCUCUCUCUCUCUCGUUCCCGAGCAGUCGCUUUGGCACAUGGAUCCUAACGAAGAUGCGGAUGCUCGCGCCAAGGUGCGCCAGAUCAUCGCCCAGGCGCCGAAUACUCGUCCACCCGAAUUCGUGAACCCGCUGGAGAAGAUCGAACAGCUUCUCACCUGUCCGAUCUGUCUCGAUCGUUACAAGCAGCCAAAGCUUUUACCCUGCCAACAUACAUUCUGCUACCCAUGUCUCGAGUCGUGCGCGGAUUCCUUACAUCGAACGCUUAAAUGUCCAGAAUGUCGUGCUGAACACAGCAUACCCUACGAUGGAGUCAAAGCAUUCCAGACCAACUAUACUCUGACGGGAUUCCUCGAGAUCCACUUGCAAGCCACACCCGAUUCUGCGGCGGAAAUCGAAGAGUACAUUCACAGAUACAAUCUCGAGCGUUGUAAAAUCUGCGACGAGAAAGCAGACUGUGAAGUCUGCGCACACUGUGAUCGUAAAGCAUGCAAGGAUUGUCGUCAAACGCACAUGGAUAUGCUCAAACGAGAUCUAGCCAGACUUUUGAAUCAGGUACGUAGGCUUUCGAACAGAAUCAUCGAAGCGUCAGAUGGUCUUUCCAAAGGACUUGAACUUCUCACAUUGAAUUGCGAGACCACCAAGGAUGAGGUCAAGGAGUACUUUCACAGACAUCAGCGUGAUUUGAAAAAACGAGAAGAUGCAUUCUUGAACGAGAUCGAUUCUUUCCAUGCUACAGAAAGUAGACUAAUGAGCAAUUUACGCGAUGUUCUUGAGAUCGAAUCGUCAAACAUGAGUGAGGCAGUGGCUAGGCUUGACGCAGCUUUGAAGGGAGAAUGUACUCUUGAUGACACUGAGCUCGUUCGCCUGAAAAAUACUUUCUCCGAAGGCUUGGAGUACCUAAGAAAUUUCCAGCCUGAUGCAGACGAGCUAUUUAAUCGCAAAGUUAGAUUCUCAGCUGGAGACGAUGCUGCUAGACUGCCCCAAUCUAUUGCCACCUGUGGAGAACUGUGUGUGCUCAUGCCUCAGUUUGCCGGAAGAUAUCUACCAUUGGAACAGUCAUAUCUGCCACGUCCUUUCCGUCUACCUCUAGAAAGCGAUCAACAUCGUUCUCGUCACGAGGACGCAAGGGCUAACGACAGAGAUCGGCCGUCAUCUAGAGUCACUGCACGUGAUCUCGACGAAGGCUCAAUCAGAUAUCGUCGCCGUCAACAACUAGAAGAAGAAGCUUGGAAUCGUCUUCGCGGACCAUCUGACAGAAACGGAGCAUCAUCGUCCGAACCUGAGCGAUCCCAAGUUGGAAGAAGCCCUUGGUCCAAACCUCCAGAAGCUUCAUCGCUAAAUGCGACCCCUGCUCCAGAAUCUACGCAAGAGCAGCAAGCGGCUCCUGUUCGUGUAGAAGAACGUAAACCACCUUCCAAGCCUGUUCCGUUGAAUCUUCCUCGACCGGAGCGUGCAGCAUCGCUGUCGUCGCCUAGGCCAGAUAGUAGUCCAGUUCCGAAGUCACCAAUAACGCCACCAAGUCCUUCUCCGCUCAUAAAGAAUGCAGAGGCGCCUAAAGAAGAACCAGAAGAGAAUCGAAUCACGAGGAAACCGCCAUUACCAAGACAGGCAUCGAGCAACGACGAAUCGCUGAACGAAAAAGUAGAUGUAAUUAGGAGGCAGCACGCCGAACGCCAAGCUGCUUCACGAGCCGCUUCGAGCGACGAAUCCGAAGGCGAGGAGACUUCUCGUCCUCGUCCGCGCAUCAGAAUCGUCUGCCGUGCGGCGAGCAUCACCCGGGAGGAGGACCCAACCCCUGCGUCUCCGCAGAACGCCGCCGCGGUGCCGAUUCCCGUCACGCAUUUCGCAGAUAGUUCGACGAGCACCGAGGAGGAGCGCCGCAUCCGCCGCCGUAGCGCGUCCCGAGAGGCGAAUGAGUGGCGCGCACGCGGUUGUCCGCGCACCAUCUUCGGCCGCAAAGGGGCCAAGGAAGGUGAACUGAACUGGCCACGAGGGGUUUGUGCCAUUGGAGGUGGUGCCGUUGCGGUGUGUGACUCGAGUAACCAUCGUGUGUGCGUGUUUGAUCGCGAAGGCAAGUUUUUGCGCCAGUUCGGCGGCUACGGUACCGGCCGUGGUCAACUCGAUUCGGCGGCCGGCAUUGCGAUGUUCAAGCAGAAGCUGGUCGUAUCCGAUAGAUACAACCACCGCGUUUGUAUCUUUGACCUGGACGGCAACUAUUUGAGCUCCUUCGGUGGUCAUGGCCAAUCUAAUGGAAAGUUCAACAACCCGUGGGGAGUUGCUGUUGAUGAGCUAGGCACUAUAUAUGUGGCUGACAAGGAUAAUCAUCGGGUGCAAAUGUUUGAUAAAAAUGGCUUGUUUGUGGGAAAGUUUGGAACUAGCGGCCAUGGACCAGGACAACUUCAGAAUCCUUUGUUUAUUGCUGUUAACAGAUUCAAUCAUCAGGUUUAUGUGUCUGAUUCUGCAAAUCAUCGAAUUUCUGUAUUUGAUGUACAAGGAACAUAUUUGUUCUCAUUUGGAAGUGAAGGCUUUCAUGGUGGACAAUUCAAAUUCCCUCGUGGGGUCGCUAUAGAUUCACAGGGAAAUGUUCUUGUGGCAGACUCAGGCAACAAUCGAAUCCAGGUAUUCACGUCCGACGGCGAAUUUAUAUGCACAUUUGGCACGUGGGGUGGAGGUGCUGGCCAGCUAAAAGGAGUCGAAGCUCUAUGCGUUUCCGACGGUGGUGUGGUCGCAAGCGAUCGCGAGAAUCAUCGCAUUCAGAUUUUCUGAUUGUUAUGUUAAUACAAAACGUGUACUUCCCCCUGUGUGCAUUUUGGAGCUUUAAUAAUGAAUGUUUCUUUGACA